GGACAUGGUGACUACAGCAUCUACUUACCUCUUUGAAGCCACAGAAAAAAGAUUCUUUUUCAAAAAUGUAUCAAUAUUAAUUCCUGAGAAUUGGAAGGAAAACUCUGAAUACAAGAGGCCAAAACAUGAAAGCUAUGAACACGCUGAUGUUUUAGUUGCACCACCUACCCUCCCAGGUAGAGAUGACCCAUACACCAAGCAGUUCACAGCCUGUGAAGAAAAAGGAGAAUAUAUUCAUUUCACCCCCGACUUUGUACUUGGAAAAAAACAAAAUGAAUAUGGACCAUCAGGUAGAUUGUUUGUCCACGAGUGGGCCCAUCUCCGCUGGGGAGUGUUUGACGAGUACAAUGAAGAUGAGCCUUACUACAGUGCUAAGUCAAAAAAAAUUGAAGCAACAAGGUGUUCCACAGGUAUUACUGGUAUAAAUAGGGUUCAUAAGUGUCAAGGAAACAGCUGUGUAACCAGAGCAUGCAGAACUGAUUCUAAGACAAAACUGUAUGAAAAAGAGUGUCAAUUCUUCCCUGAUAAAGAUCAAACUGAAAAAGCAUCCAUAAUGUUUAUGCAAGGGAUUGAUUCUGUUGUUGAAUUCUGUAAUGAAAAAAACCAUAACCGAGAAGCCCCAAGCCUACAAAACAAAAUGUGCAAUUCCAGAAGCAUAUGGGAGGUCAUUAGCAACUCUGAGGAUUUUAAAAACACAAUAUCUAUGGUGGCACCACCCCCUCCACCUGUCUUCUCAUUGUUGAAGAUCAGUCAAAGAAUUGCAUGCUUAGUUCUUGAUAAGUCUGGAAGCAUGGCG